AUGGACCCUAAGGACCUUCCCACCAGCACCGAGGCCGAGCUUGAGUCUUUCCGUCAGAAAUGGAGAGAGGAAGUCACUGCCCGGGCCAAGGGUAAGGCGCCUGCCUCGUCGGCAUCCGCAAAGCCCACCGCUACUUCCUCAUCCACCGGCAAACCCCAUCCAAGCAAAAGCAACGCGCAGGAUGCUCAACAUCACACUCGCGCUCGAAGUUUGAGCCUAGAAGGCGGCGACGAAGUCAACUCAUACACGUACCACAAUCUGGGCGAGAAGCAACAUGGCCGGAGACUUGAUGAGACCAGUGCUCAAACCGCUGCCGCUAUUGCUGAGGAGGCAGAACCAACAUCGGCAUUAGAACACUAUGAGAAAGCCGUAGAGAAAGAGAGUCAAGGUAGUUUGGGUGAUAGCGUCGAUCUAUACAGAAAGGCUUUUAAGCUUGACUCAGGAGUCCAAGAGACCUACAAGGCAAAGUACUUCCCGCCCUCAUACUUCAAGAAGCUCAAAGCUGCACAAGCUGCACAAGCUGCACAAGCGGCAAGCGCAUCGGCUUCAUCAGCUGCUCCGAAGCCCCAGGAUCCCAACCCAUCCAAUGCCUCUGCUACAGUACCAAAUACUGCCCACCACUCCCUACAUGGCCUCUCGCCCUCGUAUCAAAACCUCAUCAGCGAAUACGCCAGCACCUCCAUCCUCGGCGAACUACCACCAACAGAAUUCAGUCCCGCGCCUCCAUGUCCAAUCUCCAACAUUCCAGAAGAAAUUAUCGUGGAGAUAUUGGAGCAGCUCGCAGUCCAGGACAUAGUAUCCUUUGCCCGUCUAGCCCAAGUGUGCAAACGCCUCGCCUACCUCGUAACCACCGAAGACCGCGUCUGGAAAAGACUAGCUAUCGGACCUGAAUACGGCUUCGCGUCCAUGCACUACACCUGGUCCUGCGAAGUAGGCGGGAAACCCCUCGACGACGACCAAACAGGCGGCAUCACGCUAGGUACCGCCAACCUCGACCUCUCCGACAGCGAAGAGACAGAACCUGAGUCUGAACCACUCCCUCCAGCACUCCUGACCCAACUUCUCGUGCCGACCCCCUACCCCACCUACCGCGUGCUCUUCCGUCAACGCCCGCGCAUCCGCUUCAACGGCUGCUACAUCAGCACAGUAAACUACACGCGCCCAGGCCAAGCCGAGCCCACAACCUCCUCCUGGAACUCACCCAUCCACAUUGUAACCUACUUCCGUUACCUACGCUUCCUCCGCGAUGGGACGUGUAUCUCGCUACUUACCACGGCCGAGCCCGCAGACGUAGUGCCGUAUCUCUACACCGAACACAUCCGUAAGAACCACCACAACCUACCUAGCGCGCCGAUGAAAGACGCUGUGCUGGGCCGCUGGCGUAUGAGUGGACCUGAACCGGGUAGUGGAGAACAAGAGGGCACGGUGCAUAUUGAGAAGCCGGGAGCGACGCCAAAGUACAUGUAUAAGAUGGCGCUUAAUUUUGGUAAUGCGGGCAGGGGGGCUAAGAACAACAAACUGGUUUGGCAAGGGUAUUGGAGCUAUAAUCGGUUGACGGAUGAUUGGGCCGAGUUUGGGCUGAAGAACGAUCGUGCCUUUUACUUUAGUAGGGUUAAGAGUUACGGGAUGAGCUGGGACGAGAGGGGGAUCAAGGAGUAG